AUGUCAUCUUCAUAUGUUGCAAACUCCGAAGUGUCCCAAAUCCCCCAAAUCCCUGAAUGUGGUUGCAAUAAACCAAUGAAGUUGUUUAUAUCCAACUCAAGAAAUAACCCUAAAAGGAGAUAUUGGAAAUGUGCAAAUGUGGAGGCAAGGCGAUGUUGUAGUUUGUUCAUUUGGGAUGAUGAACUUGAUGGUCGACCUCCAUAUGAUCGGAAAAUAACCAUGGAUGCAAGAAAUGUAAUUCUGGAUUCGCACGACGACGCAACAACACACAAAAAAAAGAUCAGGAAAUUUUAUAGCUACGAAGAAUUUUGUAAACAGUUGGUAGACGUGUGUAAUCUUCGAGCAAAAUACGGACUUGAUCCACCAAAGGAACCUGCCAAGGAGCUCAUUCAAAGUGCUCCAGUCAAUACUGGUGUUGAUGCAAGAAAAAGUUACCAUGCAUCUGUUUACAGAGCCUCUCUCCAAAAUGAUGCAUCCAGGAGGAGUAAUAAACACAGUAAGGUGUCGGGAAUAGCGAAGGGAAAGGGUGAAGCUGGCGAGGGUGGUUCCAGAAAACAUUGUGUGCAAGAGGUUACCAGUUCUACGAUCAACGACAGGCUCUCCGUGGAGGUGGAAGUGUGUAAUCUUCGAGCAAAAUACAGACUUGAUCCACUAAAGGAACCUGCCAAGGAGCUCAUUCAAAGUGCUCCAGUCAAUACUGGUGUCGAUUCAAGAAAAAGCUACCAUGCAUCUGUUUACAGGGCCUCUCUCCAAUCAUCUGCAUCCAGGAGGAGUAAUAAACAUAGUAAGGUGUCGGGAAAAGCGAAGGGAAAGGGUGUAGCUGGCGAGGGGGUUUCCAGACAACGUUGUGUGCAAGAGGUUACCAGGUCUACGAUCAACGACAGGCUCUCCGUGGAGAAAGGAAAGAAUAAACUUUGGCAGAACGAAGAUAGGUUAAUUCGUCCGACCCAAGGUGUGGUGAUCAAUGAGGGCAUGGAAGGCAAACGCAAGAGAGGAGGUCAUCGCGAAGUUGAUGCCGGAGGUAACGGGAAACUAAAGGGUAAGGCUAUAGGUUCUUCGGAAGCCCCCGAUGCUCAAAGCGUCGACUAUGAAUUCACAAGUAUAUCAUCCAACAACAAUAGGUAA